AUGCGUGGCCGAGGCUUGGACGAGGCUUCUGAUGAAGAGGAUGAAGAGGAAGAGGAGGAGGAGGAAGACUGGGACGACGCAGACUCUGGGUACGACAGUCUCUCCGAGGAGGACGUCAGCGAAGAGGAAGACGAGGACACAGACGACCAGCGUCUUCCUCCAGAGGACUUCUGGGACGACCUGCCCCCAGAACUGGACCUGUGUGAGAACAGUCUGACGGUGGAGGACGUGGAGGACCUCACUCGGCUGCACCAUCAACACCGGCUGCAGAAACUAGAGUGGGAGGAGAACUGA